AAUUGGUCUAAUGAUCACCUGUAUCAUCACACUCUGUUUCGGAAUAAAGAUCCUAUGCAUAAGAACAAUGGGGUUUUUUCAGAAGUUCAUAAAGAGUGAUUCAGAUAUUGAGGUUUUCAUAAGAAAUAAUGAAACUUUAUCUCCCAAAAGAUACAGUUAUUCAGAUGUCAGGAAAAUGACAAGCUCAUUUAAAGAAAAACUAGGAAAAGGUGGUUAUGGAAGUGUGUACAAAGGAAAGCUACCAGAUGGCCAUCUUGUUGCUGUGGAAGUGCUUGAUACAAACAAAGGAAAUGGUCAAGAAUUUAUCAAUGAGGUUGCGAGUAUUAGUCGAACUUGUCAUGUUAAUGUUGUCACCCUUUUAGGAUUUUGCUUAGAGGGUCGGAAAAGAGCUCUGAUUUAUGAGUUUAUGCCCAAUGGAUCUUUAGAAAGGUUCAUUUACAAAGAAGAUACCAUGAAGGUGAAGGAUCGCCAGCAGUUGACAUCAGAAGAUUUGUACAAAAUUGCGAUUGGAAUAGCCCGAGGGCUUGAAUACUUGCACCGUGGUUGCAACAUGCGGAUUUUGCAUUUUGACAUAAAACCUCAUAACAUUCUUCUUGAUGAAAAUUUUUUCCCGAAAAUCUCUGAUUUUGGGUUGGCAAAACUAUGCACCAGGAAAGAGAGUGUUGUAUCAAUGUUUGAAGCUAGAGGGACAAUUGGCUACAUAGUUCCAGAAGUGUUUUGCAGAAGCGUUGGAGGUGUUUCGUAUAAAUCGGAUGUUUAUAGCUAUGGAAUGAUGCUUCUAGAGAUGGUUGGAGGAAGAAGGAACAUAGAUGUUGGGGUAAGUCAAACCAGCGAGAUUUAUUUUCCUCAUUGGAUCUAUCAGCAUGUUGUGCAAGACCAUAUUGAACCGAAAUUGCUUGGUCUCAAUGGUAACGAAGAAACUGAGAUCGCAAGGAAGAUGAUAUUAGUCGGUUUGUGGUGCAUACAAACAAAUCCGCAUGACAGGCCUUCGAUGAGUAAGGUGAUCGAGAUGUUGGAAGGAAGGAUAGAAUUGUUGCAAAUUCCACCUAAGCCUUACCUGUCUUCUCCUCCGAGAUCGCCGGUGGAUUCUGCCUCCUCUACAUUAUCACGAUAUAUGCAUCUUUAGAAUAAUCUAUAUUCUUAUGUUUUAUGUUAUGGGAAAGGAAGUUAAUUUUUUUCUAAAGUGUUAAAAGUUUAGUCGUUUAAUCUAUGUUCAGAUCAUAAGAAGGUUUAUUGAUGAUAA